AUGAAGCCUGUUGUGCUUAUUCUAGGAGCUGGUGCUAAUAUCGGCGCCUCAGUCGCAAAGAAAUUUGCAGCUAAUGGUUAUCUCGUUGCUAUAUCGGCUCGGGGAUUGAGAAAUGGAAGUUCACCUGAAGGGUACUUGCUCAUCCAGGCCGAUCUGGCAGAUAAAUUUGCGGUUCCUCGUAUCUUUGAGACAGUUAAAUCAGCAAUUGGAACCCCCAAUGUCGUCAUAUACAACGCUGCGUCGGUUACUCCAUCUUCUCAUCCCGAUGAUAUUUUUUCCAUCUCCCCCGACGCUCUCGAGCGAGAUAUUUGGACCAAUAGCUUCAGCGCUCUAUCCGCUGCCAGAUGCGCUGUGGUAGGGUUUCACAAUCUCCCUCAGACUUUCAAAAAGACAUUUAUAUAUACGGGCAACUGGCUCAAUACAACCAUAUCGUCUUCAAGCUCUAUGCUUACACUGGGAAUCGGCAAAGCUGCAAGCGCUUACUGGAUUGGAGCUGCAGAUCAGCAUUAUUCGCCAAGGGGCUACAGGUUUUUUUAUGCCGACCAAAGAACCUCAGAAGGAUCGGCAAUGAGAUAUGGGCCUGAUAGUGAGGCUCAUGCAACGUUCUUCUAUGAACUAGCGCCAAGGGGAGACGAGGCACUGCCAUGGCAUUGCACAUUUGUCAAGGGGAGAGGAUAUGUAGAUUUCAACUAG